AUGUCCGGGCAGAGCCGCCGGGAAGGGCCCUCUGAUCACCAGAGGCGCAGACGCACCCGCAGCCGCACCGCCAGGGCGGACCUGGUCUUCUCCGUGAGCCACCUGGAGCGCCGCCUGCUGGACGGCCACUACUCCCAGCGCCUCAGUGCCAACGCGCCCGUGUACCUGGCGGCCAUCAUCCAGUACCUGACGGCCACCGUCCUGGAGCUGGCGGCCGACGAGGCCCACAAGAUGGGCUGCAGACGCAUCACCCCACAGCUGCUGGACAUGGCGAUCCACAACAACGCGCUGCUCAGCGGCUUCUUCGACAACAUCACCAUAUCCGUCAUGAGCCCGGGAAUGCAGUAG